AUGAGUGUGUUUUGUCAGCCACGAUAUUAUCAAUCAAUUGCCAGCAUUAGCUUCAUUGCACGACAUAUUACUGCUUCUGAACUCCUUAUUAUCAGAUCACUUCUUAAAAACGUGGUAAUUAUAGAUUAUUUCAGAAAAAUUGGUGUGAAGUCGGCAUUCACAUUGGUCUACAGCCUCCUCUUCAUAUUUGGCUUGGUCGGUAAUGGCGGUGUGGUGCUCGCAAUGGCGAAAAAUCGACGUCUACGUUCGGCACGGAAUAUCUUCUUACUUAAUCUUAUUCUCACUGAUCUGCUACUGGUACUAACUGCAGUGCCAGUAACACCAUGGUAUGCCCUCACGAAAACCUGGGAAUUUGGGCCAGCUAUGUGCCGAAUUAUGCCGUUAUCGAAUUCAUGCUCGGUAUUCGUGACCAGUUGGAGUCUUACGGCAAUUUCCAUCGACAAGUAUCUCCAUAUCAUCGAUCCUACCUUGGCCCCAGUUACAAAGCGGCAAUCGUUGGCGAUUACUUUAUUGAUUUGGCUUAUUAGUACACUCAUAAAUGUACCGUAUCUGCUCAGCUAUGAACUUGUCGAUGGAUCCUAUUAUGUGCCUAAAAACAGUACUCCGUACUGUGGUCGGUUUUGUGACGAAACGAAUUGGCAGAGUGAAAAUUCACGUCGACUUUACGGUACAAUGGUGAUGCUUCUGCAGUUCGUUAUUCCGAUGGCGAUCAUUACUUAUUGUUAUUUCCGUAUCCUACGGAAAGUCUCACAGGAUAUGAUCAUCCAAAAUGUACAGUUCUCAGCGUCACUGUCUAAGAAACAGCGAGUGGAUGCCAUUAGUCGAAAGAAGAAAGUAAACUACAUCCUCAUCGGUAUGGUGGCAACGUUCAUCUGUUGUUGGCUCCCACUAACGGCCGUGAAUUUAGUAAAAGAUUAUAAGAUCGAACCAGACUUUCUCCGAGCACAACCGUUCCUCUGGCCCCUUGUUGCUCAUAUCAUCGCUAUGUCGUUGGUGGUAUGGAAUCCAGUGCUAUUCUUCUGGUUGACAAGAAAACAAAAACGUUCCGGUCUCAAUAAAUUUAUGAAUUCGUCUGAGGUUAGCCGUCAUCUUCGUUUACUCCUUAAGGCUCUUUUCCCACUUUUUAGCAAGUCUCUUUUUCAUAUAAUGCCCAGCUAA